AUGGGUUCCAAGACAGGUAGCAACCUCACUAGGUACUCCAAAGCUUACAUCUUGCUGGAAAGAGACUUCAAGGAGUUACAACACAACGCAAGAAAGGAUAUUACCGCUUAUCCUGUAAGUGAUGAUAAGAUGAAUUGGAAAGCUGAGAUUGAAGGUCUUCGCAAUUCAGUUUGUGAAGGACUUGUUUUCUACCUGGCAUUAGAGUUUUCACGAGAGUACAACUCUGUUCCUCCAGUUGUGAAAUUUAUAACAAUUCCUUUUCAUCCAAAUGUAGACCCAUAUACCGGUAAACCCAGUAUAGACUUUUUGGACAACCCUGACAAGUGGAACACGAGUUAUACAGUACUCAGCAUCUUACUUGAUCUACAGAUGUUGCUUUCUUACCCUGACCUAAAAAAUCCAGUGAACUUUGAGGCAGCCCAACUGUUGAUUAGAGAUGAGUCUACGUAUAAAUUAGUAAUUCGUGAACUUUUGCCGCCAGCAUCACCAAAAAGAGAGGGCAGCCUGGUGGUAGCUGCAAAGCCACAGGAGUAUGUCAGGGUAAUUAAAACAAUCUCAUUUAAUGAUUACUACAAGACAUGGUCUCAGAUAGCCACAACAAAAGUCGCAGAGCACUCCAGAAACCCAUUUGCUGGAGAUCCACAUUUCAUGGGACAGUAUUACAAAUGGAAGCAGCAGGAUCGGCAGAAUCAAGUGCAGUGGGAGUCGAAGUUUGCACUCUCAAAGUGGCAGACUGCUAGGAAAAAAGUAAUGGCUCAGGAAAAGAGCAAUCGCUACAACCGAAUGUUACGUGUCUACCCGUCUCUGAGUGAACUUUCUUUUGAAUAUGAAACAGAAGAAGAACCAAGGUUUUAUCAAAUAUCUCAGGAGUGGUCAGAAGGACAUGAUUCAAAAGAAUCCUGGGAAGAGGAAGCAGACCACCUGGUCUCCUGGACCAAUGGUCUUGAUGAAGAAUCUUUGAACGACGAAUACUAUGACAACAUAAAGAACUAUGAGAACGUGGGCAACUAA